CACCAUGAGUAUUUUUUUUGUGAUAAAAAAUCGUAGGGAGAAAUGUACUAAUGUACUAGAAAAGAGAAAGAGAGUACUUUUACAUGGCAAGAAUUAGAAUUACCUGCUGCUUAAUGGAGAGUAUUUUAGUGGAGAAUAUAAAUUUAAUGGAGAGUAUUCUAAUGGAGCGUUAAAUAGUUCAAUCAUUGGAAUAUUAAUUGAAGAAUGCUAAGAGCUGUACAUAAACUUAAAGACAUUGUGGCUUUAGAAACCAUUAAAGUGCUAUUUGGUGUUUUCACUUUCCCUUGUGCUCAAAGCCACAGUUUCACAGUUCAUAUCAUUCCCCGCCAUUCCCCAAACUCACCUUUCUACAAGUCUUCAAAGCCUUCAUCAGCCAAGUUUGCUACCGGCGUCGAAUACGACGCCUCGGACUACAUGAUCAAGUUCUCCAUCGGCACGCCCCCCGUGGAGCGGUUCGCCGUGAUGGACACCGGCAGCGACCUGACGUGGACGCAGUGCGAGCCGUGCCGAGGCGUCUGCUUCCCGCAGGACGCGCCGUUGUUCGACGCGUCGAAGAGCUCAUCGUACGGGAGGUUGCCGUGCGACGCCCCGAUAUGCCGCGGGGGCGGCGCGUACUCGUGCGACGCGUCCUCCGGCCUAUGCCGCUAUGACUUGCUCUACGGGGACGCGUCGUACACCAACGGCGACUUAGCUUACGAUACUCUUGCAAUGGGGGGCGCGUCCUUCCUGAGGUUCGUGUUCGGGUGCGGAGUCAAUAACUCCGGACUAUAUUCGCGCUCGAUCACCGGGAUUUUCGGCCUCGGAAAUGGCCCGAGUUCCUUCAUCAAACAAGCCAAUGUCGAGAGGUUCGCGUAUUGCCUCCCGUGGUAUUACGAGCCCAAUGUCUCCACCCGCAUCGGGUUCGGGCCCGAUGCGGUGAUCGCGGACCCGAACGGAGUCGUCUCAACGCCACUCGUCGACUCCAAAUUCGGGUACUUGAUCACGUUGGAAAACCUUAGUGUCGGGGGGGAAACAUUGUUGAGCAAGCCUCUCGAGGGGCCGGGCGCCCCCGUGGUCGACCCGAGCGGAACCGAUAAGCUCUGCUACAAGGCGUCCGACCUAACCACGCAAGUGUUUCCGGCGGUGGCCGCGCAUUUCGCCGGGGGCGCCGUGGUUCCGUUUUCGCUCAAAGCAAUGCUUGGCUAUCUUGUGUUUGAUGAUGGUGGUGUUGUUUGCCUGCCGUUUGAAGGGGGUGAUAAUAUUUUGGGCAACCUCUCACAGAUUGACUAUAUCAUCUUGUUUGAUUUGGUUGCUAAAUCCAUUAGCUUCAAGCCAGCCCACUGCAAUCAUUUUUAAUUAAUUAGAUGAUUAGUGGAUUUAAAAGUCCAAAUAAAGUGGAGAUUAAGAGACAAUAUGAAAUGGUUUUGAAUUCUAGUAUAAAGAAUAAAAGAACCACAAAUAU